AUGGUCGACCAGGCAACGCUAGACAAGCUGAAUGCAGGCUUCAAAAAGCUCCAGGAUGCUAAGGACUGCAAGUCACUGCUCAAGCAGUACCUCACCAAAGAUGUCUUCGAAAGGCUCAAGACUCGCAAUACCACCAUGGGAGCCACCUUGCUCGAUAUUAUAGAGUCCGGCGUGGAGAACCUCGACAGCGGUGUCGGCCUGUCCACGCCGGAUGCCGAAUCGUACACGCUCUUCGCCGACCUGUUCAACCCGAUGAUCGACAACUACCACGGCGGCUUCAAAGCGGGCGACAAGCUCCCGACCACGAAUUUCGGAGACCGCAACAUCCUUGUCAACGUGGACCCCGACGUCCAGUUCGUCAUCUCCACCCGCGUGCGCUGCGGACCCUCGUUGCAGGGUUACCCUUUCAACCCGUGCCUGCGGGAGGCCCAGUACCGCGAGAUGGAGGAGAAAGUGAGAUCGACUCUGCGCACGCUGCGCACGCGGGUGUCCAGAAGGUAG